AUGUCUGUGUAUAAUCAUCGACCUAUGGGGCCACCCACUCCCAGUCGCUUGAUUGAAUUAUUAGAUGCUGUGAAAGGCGAAUACGACCAGCUCGCUCAGGAGGUGAUUGUCUGCAAAAACCAAAGAGAUGAAUAUGAGCACAAGAUGAAUAACCAAAUCCAAGAGAUGAACCUAUUUCAACAAAACCUGCUUGACCUCGAAAGAAACCAACAAAUGAUCAAAAAACAAUACGAGGAAGAAAUUGCUAGACUUCGUCAACAGUUAGACCAGCAGUCUCAACAUCCUCAACAACACGGCAGCAGUGCUGUGGCUCCUCCCCCUCCUUCAGCUGGCGGCUAUGGUGGCCCUUCAGGAUAUCAGCAACAGCAGCAACAACAAGCACCACCACCACCCUCCUUGAUGGAAUCAAAACCUCCUGUACAUCACCCAUCUUAUCCCGCUGGACCACCUCAUCCUUCAUCAGCAGUAGCCGGACCACCUCAUCCUUCUGCUGGAACACCCUACAUGAACGGUGGAUCUCCUCUUCCAUCUAAUGCCCCACCACCACCUCCUCCUUCACAACUUGCUUCUACUCCUGUCAAGUCUGGGGCUGGCCCUCUUGUGAGCAAUUCAUCAGCAUCAGAAGCGCUUGGUGACAUUAACCCUGAAAACGUACCCGCAAAUAUGAAGGUGGAAGGCCAAGAUUGGUUCGCAUUAUUCAAUCCCAAGGCUACUCGUUACUUGAAAGUGGAUCUUCUUCAUACAUUUGAUCAUGGAAGCGUUGUUUGCUGUGUAAAGUUCAGUGCUGAUGGCAGAUUCCUUGCAGCUGGUUGUAAUCAAGCAACUUACAUUUACGACACAUUAAACGCUACACGAGUUGCAGUGCUUCAAGAUGCCAAUGCAGGCCGUGAUGGCGAUCUGUACAUUCGCUCAGUUAGUUUCAGCCCUGAUGGCAAGUAUCUCGCCACUGGCGCCGAGGACAAGCAGAUUAGAAUUUGGGAUAUUGCAAAGAAACGCAUCCGCGGUAUUUUAUCUGGCCAUGAGCAAGACAUUUACUCUUUAGAAUUCAGUCGUGAUGGCCGUAUCCUAGUUUCUGGAUCUGGUGAUCGCACUGCUCGUAUUUGGGACUGGCAAACCAACCGCUGCAUACAUGAGCUUCGUAUCAAUGAUGUAGAACAGCAAGAUUUGGGAGUCACUAGUGUUGCAAUCUCUCCUGAUAGUCGUCUUGUUGCAGCAGGUAGCCUUGAUAAGGUCGUACGUGUCUGGGACGCUGUUACCGGUCAGCUUUUAGAACGUUUAGAAGGUCAUAAGGAUAGCGUGUAUUCUGUUGCAUUUAUGCCAGAUGGCAAGACCUUGGUCAGCGGUAGUUUGGACAAGACCUUGAGGAUGUGGCAAUUGGGCACCAGUGAAAGAGCAGGUUAUGGUACAGAACGAGGCAAGAGUGCAUGCAUUCAAGUGUUUACUGGACACAAGGAUUUCGUCUUAUCUGUUGCUACUACACCUGAUGGCAAUUGGAUUGUUUCUGGAUCAAAGGAUCGUGGUGUGCAAUUCUGGGAUCCUCGUACAGGUCAAACACAAUUUAUGCUUCAAGGUCAUAAGAAUUCAGUCAUCUCUGUUGCAACAAGCCCAGGUCAUAAACCUAUGUUUGCUACUGGUUCAGGUGACAAUCGUGCUCGUAUCUGGAGCUAUGAACCAUUGGGGCCAAAUUAA